GUUCUUUAUGCUCUGCAUUACAAAGUCUUUUAAAGCACUCCACCUGUUCUGGCGUCUUUCUAUUUUAGGACACGGUUCAUAGAGUUUACUGCGGCAAAAUGGCCAAUGCCUAAAAUAGCAAAUUUUUCUUUGAAGCCAUGCGCAAAAAAAAAAGACAUGCUUUGACCCGCAGAAAGCCGUCACAAAAUCAGGUUAAAUGCGCAAAGCGGGUCCAAGCGUUGUGGAUUCUUGUUUUCGACCGCAGUAAGAAUCUCACUGCAAGCAGCCCACCGCCAUGCCAGCCGUUACGCCUGCUCAAUUAGCUGUAUUGCAGAGAAAUACCAAGAAUAUCCGAAAUAUUUGUAUCCUUGCUCAUGUUGACCAUGGCAAGACGACGUUAUCCGACUCCUUGUUAGCCACCAACGGUAUUAUCUCUACCAAAAUGGCAGGCAAAGUCCGUUAUCUAGAUUCCCGAGAAGACGAGCAGGAACGUGGUAUUACCAUGGAAUCAAGUGCCAUUAGCUUGUAUUUUAAGCUUGUCAAAGCAGCGGCUCCCGUUGAAGGCGAAGACAAACCGAAACAUGUGACGAGCGAAUAUUUAAUCAAUCUCAUCGAUUCACCUGGCCAUGUCGAUUUCUCUUCCGAAGUUUCCACUGCAUCCCGACUGUGUGAUGGCGGUCUGGUGUUGAUCGACGUCGUCGAAGGUGUCUGCACACAGACAAUUUCUGUACUGCGACAAGCAUGGAUCGACAAAGUACGACCGGUUUUAGUGCUCAAUAAGAUGGAUCGUUUGAUUGUCGAACUGAAAUUGACGCCGCAUGAAGCGUACCUUCACGUCAACAAGAUCCUCGAACAAACAAAUGCGAUUAUGGCUACUUUCUUUACGGGUGAUCUGAUGGCUGACGAAGCUAGAAAAAUGGAACUUGAUAAGCUUAAACGCUCUCAGGCGGAUGCUGAAAAAGAAGAUACAGAGAACACAACUUACGAUUGGAGCAUGGAAGAACGAGAUGAUUCCGAUAUUUACUUUGACCCUGCAAGAGGCAACGUUAUUUUUGCCAGUGCUAUUGACGGUUGGGCUUUCCGGGUCCAACAAUUUGCUGGUUUGUAUGCGAGAAAGCUCGGCUUCAAAGAAGCGGCGUUGCAGAAAUGUUUAUGGGGCGACUUUUAUUUUGAUCCCAAGACGAAGCGUGUAUUGCAGCACAAGCAUCUCAAAGGAAGGAAUUUGAAGCCGAUGUUUGUUCAAUUGGUGUUGGAAAAUAUUUGGGCCGUCUAUGACAGUGUGGUGAUUGAACAGAAUCGCGAACGCACCGAAAAAAUUGUAGCUGCUUUGAAUAUCAAAGUAUUGCCCCGUGAUAUGCGAUCACGCGAUACACAGACGCUUUUGAGCGCCAUCUUCUCCCAAUGGCUACCUCUUUCCACUUGUAUAUUACUUUCCAUCAUUGGCCAACUGCCUCCACCCAAAGAUGCCCAGCGUAUCCGCUUACCAAAGAUGCUCCAUCCCGAUAUCCAACAAAAAGAUUCCGAACCCCUUGAACCCCAGAAUGAAGUGGAACGAGCUCUAUACUGCUGUGACACGUCGUCAGACGCUCCAGCCGUGGCGUACGUAAGCAAAAUGUUUGCUGUACCAAUCGAACUUUUACCAGAGAACCGACGAAAGCAAAUGACGGCUGAAGAAAUGCGAGAACGCGGUAGACAGCAACGGGCGCUUCGAGCCGCCGCCGCCGCAGGCAGCCCUAUCUCGCCCAAUGGCUCUGACGAUAGCCACGGUAUUCCAUUGAAUCUCGAUCAAGCCACCAUUUCAGAAGAAGACGAUUCCCCCUCGGAAACAUCGCCAAAAGAAAAACUAGAGGGUGAAGAGCUCAUUGGUUUUGCUCGUUUAUAUUCGGGUACGAUCCGUGUAGGACAAAAAUUAUAUGUCCUUGGACCCAAAUAUGACCCUCAAUAUCCUGACAAGUACUGCUCCGAAAUCACGGUCGAGAAUUUGUAUCUCAUUAUGGGUCGUGAGCUUGAAGCCUUACCUGAAGUGUCAGCGGGUAACGUUUUCGGUAUCGGUGGAUUAGCGGGACAUAUCUUAAAAAACGGUACCUUGGCAAGCACCAAAACGGAUGUGAAGAAUAUGGCAGGCGUCGCCAUGGAAUCCUCUCCCAUUGUCCGUGUCGCUUUGGAACCUGAAGAUGCAGCUGAUAUGGAUAAGCUCGUGGAGGGUCUACGCUUAUUGAACCAAGCUGAUCCAUGUGUGGAAGUACUUUUGCAAGAAACCGGCGAGCACGUUAUUUUGACAGCUGGUGAAUUACAUUUGGAGCGAUGUCUUCGCGAUUUGAAGGAGCGAUUCGCGAAAAUUAAUAUUCAGGUAUCGCCUCCUAUUGUGCCAUUCCGUGAAAGCAUUGUCAGUGCAGAUUUGCCUUUGACUAAGCAAAAGGACGAGAUAACGAUCCCUCGUGGCACAUUGGAAGUCCCAACCACUUCCAAAUACGUCAGUAUCAAACUACGCACGGUUCCCCUUCCUGCAAAUGUCACGGAAUUCUUAACGCAGCACGUCAGUACGAUCAAAUCGAUCAUUGACCAAAAGCGAGCCAAAAGAAAGCAAAAGCACUCGGAAGAUGAUAAAGAGAAGGAGGAGCAAGAGGGUCGCACGGAUGCCAGUAUCAUGGGCCCAACUGAUAAAGUGAUUCUGGCCGAUGAAUUCCAAUCCAUGCUCGAAAAGGAAUUUGAAAUAGCUCGUCAAUCGGGCGGUCCCUUUGCACACCUUUGGGAUGGCAUUGUAUCUCAAAUAUGGGCAUUCGGUCCUCGACAGAUUGGUCCUAAUCUUUUGGUGAAUCGUAUACCGGGCUAUAUCCGAAAAUCGUUCUUUGACAUUGGUACAACCAACAAGAGCGACGCCGCAGCAGAAGGGGUAUCUGAAGAUCACGCAGAUGAAGUACUGAAAGUGAUUGUGGAAGAGGAUGGUUCUUCUAAUAACUCCGCGCUCAACAUUCUCGAUUUCGACUUCCACAUUCAUACUGGUUUCCAGUUAUCGACGCUGACCGGUCCUUUGUGUGCCGAGCCCCUUACAGGGGUGUGCUAUAUUGCGGAAGACUUCAUCGUGAACCGUGAAGAGAUGGUCAACGCUGGUGGUGAACCGAUUGAUGUACGAAGCCGCUUGGGAUUAAUUCAAGGACAAGUUAUUUCGGCCACGAAAGAGGCAUGCCGCCAAGGUUUCCUUGAUUGGUCACCUCGUCUUUUGCUGGCCAUGUAUACCUGUGAUAUUCAGGCUUCUGCGGAAGUGCUUGGUAAAGUCUAUGGUGUGAUCUCCAAACGCAAAGGCCGAAUCCUUUCCGAAGAUCUGAAGGAUGGUACUACUUUCUGGCAAAUUCGUGCGCAACUUCCAGUGAUUGAGAGUUUCGGGUUCUCUGAUGAAAUUCGAAAGAGAACCUCUGGAGCAGCUAGUCCUCAGCUUGUUUUUAGCGGGUUCGAAAUGCUUGAUCAAGAUCCAUUCUGGGUCCCCACGACCGAGGAAGAAUUGGAAGAUCUCGGUGAUAAGGCUGAUAAAGAAAAUAUUGCCAAGAAAUACAUGGAUACCGUGCGAAAGAGAAAGGGUAUGUUUGUGGAGAAAAAAUUGGUGGAGCAUGCCGAAAAACAAAGAACUUUGAAGAAGAACUAGACCAGACCGGAGAAAAAAGACUAUAGAAACCUACGCAGCAGAUCACUGUCGGCUUCUCCUGUAGCAUAUAUACAGUUUAUUCGACUUGCAGCUAUAAAAAAUAAAAAUAAAAGUCCACUGACAAAAACUGAAGGUGC